GAGCGUGGUCACCAGGCUGUUCAAGAUGCCAAAGGAGAAUAUGACAGACCUGGAGAAUGGCAUGGUUACCAUCAUCCGAGUGUUUCACAAAUACUCGGGUCAUAAAUGCAAGCUGAAGAAAGCAGAGCUUAAAGAGCUUAUCAACAAUGAGAUGAGUCACUUUAUAAUGAAAAUACAUGAGAACGAAACCCUGGAUGAGCUCUUCGCAGACCUCGACCAGAACGGAGACCUGGAGAUUGACUUCCAAGAGUUCAUUACCCUCAUUGCCAUGGUCACCUCAGCAUGCCAUGAACUCUUCAAGCCAAACUAAUUAAUAGUGAGAAUGUGUACCUAUUACCCAUUAAAGAUCUGAGGAACACAGAAACCGUGUAUUUUAU